AAUAAGUGCACCCUUUACUAACAACAAUAUUACAAUUAAGAAUGGGUAGUUUGGUUUGUUUGGGAAGCCUAAUUAACAACAAUGUUGUUAAUCCCAUCUCCAGAGACACUAUCGGCAAAGUCAUAACCUGCAAAGCGGCUGUUGCAUAUGGGCCGGGAGAGGCGUUGGUAGUUGAGGAGAUUGAAGUCGAAGUUCCUCAGGCUAUGGAAGUCAGAAUUAGGGUGCUUUUCACCUCUAUUUGUCACACUGAUCUUAGUGCUUGGGAAGGCCAGAACGAAGCUCAUAAGAUGUUCCCUCGAAUCCUCGGCCACGAAGCUUCCGGAUUAGUGGAGAGCGUGGGCCCCGGCGUGACGGACAUCGGUAUAGGAGACCAUGUCGUGCCCAUAUUCAACGGCGAAUGCGGAGACUGCGCGCAGUGCAAGUCGCCCAAGACCAACAUGUGCCGCAAAUUCAGGGUCGACCCGCUCAAGGGCACGAUGGUCAAUGACGGCAAGUCCAGGUUUCGAACCAAAAAUGGGUCGAAGCCCAUCUACCACUUUUUAAACACGUCGACUUUUACCGAGUACACUGUGCUCGACUCUGCCUGCGUCGUCAAGAUCCACUCGGACGCGCCACUUGGCAAAAUGUCACUGCUUAGCUGUGGACUCUCAACUGGCCUAGGGGCAGCGUGGAAUACAGCUGAUAUUCGGGCGGGCGCAACUGUGGCUGUUUUCGGCCUCGGAGCUGUGGGAUUGGCUGUAAGUGAAGCAAUCGGGAUCACAGACUUCAUAAAUCCCAAGGAGCUGGUCAAGCCAGUGCACGAGAUCAUAAGUGAAAUGACCGAAGGAGGUGUGGAUUAUAGCUUCGAGUGUGUAGGAAAUUUGGACGUCCUUCGAGAGGCCUUUUUGUCCACACACGAUGGUUGGGGUUUAACAGUAAUCUUAGGGAUACAUCAAACACCAAAUCUGCUUCCCCUCCACCCAAUGGAGCUGUUUAGUGGCAGAAGAAUUGUGGGCUCUGUUUUUGGUGACUUCAAAGGGAAAUCCCAACUUCCUCAUUUGGUGGUGAAGUUGGAUGAAUUUAUAACUCAUGAGAUGCCAUUUGAAAACAUCAAUGAAGCCAUGCAGCUACUCAGAGAUGGCAAAUCUUUGAGAUGCCUUCUUCACCUUUGAGUCUUUGACCAAAUGCAGGAAGAUAUGCAUAUGUUUUUUUCCCAAUAAAGUUUCUUGCAUAAUAUGUUACUCCCAAGAUUUUCAGCCUUGAUGUUUCAUAUUCAGAUCCCAUGUAAUUAAGCAAAUAAUGUACUUGAUGAAAGACUCACAAAGACAAAUUACAUUAUUGUAUCCUAUUACCACAUAUUCCUAAAUUUUAUUUUUACUAAAAGGAAAAUCUGUGCUCAUUGUGAACAACAAAUGCAGAUUUGUGAACAAGAAAUGUGUACCGACUUCAGGUAUUAGAAGCGUAAUAUAUAAUAGCAGAAAAGAUAUGCUCCGAC